UUUUUAUAGGGUGUCAUCCAUGCCUUUUUUUUCAGUUCAAGUCACCACAACUGCAAAGGAUGGACGCAAAGUGCACACGCGUACAGAGCAACAGUGUUGGUCGUACUGCGCAUGCGCGGAGCGCCGGUGACCGGCCCCCAGCGUAACUGUCGCUCUAAUCACGGAUCCGCUGCGCUCACUUUCAGUCAGCUCGCACAGACCUGCACUCACUGCCCUCCUGCAGUCUUUAACAGUCAUGAAAGAUCAACAUUUUAAGGAUUUCUUCUGGAACAGCGAUCUGACCUGCACCAGUGGCUACGAUGCGAUCAUCCAGUAUCUCAACGAUGGCAGGAGGACAUGCAAAGAGGUGGAGGAGUUCAUGAAGGCCAGGGCAUCAGUUGAAGAGAAGUACGCCAAAGAUCUGCUCGGUCUGUCCAAGAAGGUGUGUGGACACAACGAGAUAAACACAUUAAAAAGAUCCCUGGACAUGUUCAAACUACAGACCGAACACGUGAGCCUGACUCACUCGCAACUGGCUCACAGCAUGAGGGAGGAGGCCAAGAAACUGGAGGACUUCAGGGAAAGACAAAGAGAAGCCAGGAAGAAGGUGGAGCAACAGAUGGAUUUCCUCCACAAGCAGAAGUCGGCACAUUACAAGAAGACCAUGGAUUCGAAGAAGACGUACGAUCAGAAAUGCCGAGAUAGAGAAGAAGCGGAUCAGAACAUGAACCGAAACGCCAACACCAACAACACCAAGCAAAUGGACAAGCUCUACUCAAAAGCACAGAGCGCAAAACAGACUGCAGAAGAAGCAGACAGGGUGUACCAUCAGAAUGUGACCAUAAUGGGAUCGAUUAGAGAUGAAUGGCUGGCGGAACACAUUAACGCCUGUGAGAUGUUCGAGAACCAGGCAACGGAGCGCAUCACCUUCCUGAGGAACACGCUGUGGACUCACCUCAACCAGCUCUCCCAGCAGUGUGUGACCAGUGAUGAGCUGUAUGAGGAAGUGAGGAAGUCACUGGAGCUGUGUGAUGUCCAGGAAGACAUCGGACACAUUAUUAACCUCAGGCGCACCGGAGAGAAACCACCACCGCCGGUCACGUAUGACAACUUCUACAGUGGCCAGAGGCCUCCAGCUGUAGCCCCGCCCCCUCGACUGCCUCCACCAAUCGGCAGGAGGGGCCCCCUGCCUUUACCGACAAACAACGGCGAGGAUAUAAUCUACUCGACGGUGCAGGAUGGCGUGUACAGUGUCAUCAAAUACUGAGACGCACACCUGCUGGAGGGAGAUAAUGUGCUUCCCCAUACAGCGCCGGAGCCCUCAGUCGUCUCACCACCUCCUCCUUUGGGGAUUUGUAAAUGAUGAUACAACGUCAUGAUAAUGUUGCACGUUUCUACGUAGGCACAUGUUUUGAAGCGAAAAAUCUGAACAGUGAAUACGUUGUUUUGCUCUUACUCGCAUUGUGUGUAAUGAUUAAAGAGAAAUGACAAAGGACUUUAGAUAUUAAAUGAAACAAGGUAAUUGAGCUGCAGCAUUUGUUGUGUUCAUUCAAGGCGUUUCAGCUUUCAUCUUAAUGCAGCUUCACAAAAUAAGAGCCGCUCACUUGUUUUCGUUUCUGCUCGGAGUCGGCUGACUGAAAGCUUGUGCUGGAUCACCAAACAAUGUCUUGCUUAUUUCUUUCCAUGAAAGUCCUGUUUUUGGUCACUCAACCUGCAUGAUGGCAGUGUCACAGUUUAACGUGCCGCACAGGUUUAGUUCAUAUUAUAAGAAAGGUGUAUCCGGUUAUAGGCCCUAGAUUCUAGUCAUUCUAACAGAUGUGUGAUGAUACCAUACAAUAUGUAUGGAUACUUGAGGACUGUUGGAAUAUUUGGACUUUGAUUUUGCUUUAUUUAUGAUAAUACAUCAUUUGUGGAAAUUGCUACAAAUAGUUUGAAACUGCACAAGUAAAAUGGUUAAAUGGCAUUUCCUUGUGCAACUGACGUGAUGUUGUGUUAUGUUUAAAUUCAGAUACCGUUGUUCCCUGGAUUGUAUGAAUAAAAGUUCCUCUACCUGCGGUUUAUUGUCUUCAAAUGGCACUAUUUUAUUAAUAAUCACACCUCCUAUUUAUUAUAGAGUGAACUGUAUGACUAUUAUCCAUCUCACAUUGAAAA